AUUUAUUUCACUACAUUUUUAUGAAGACUAAUUACGUAGAUAAUCCGCAGAAAAAAGCAUGAGAUAGGAAUUUUUUUGUUGCAAAAAAAUUGGCUACGGUAUCACCGCGGAUAAAUAUAGAUUCACCCCCUGAAGAAAUAUUGGACUAGCCCAUCCAUACACGGUAAACGGCAGUGUUGAUUAUCUUUCUCUGCGUUCGAGAGGGUGUACAAGAUCGAGGCCUUCUAGCCUAACCCCUCUAUUAAUAUUCUUUCGUAUUGGCAAGGAUUAUAAACCCAGGGUAUAGGUUGUGUAUUAGGGUCCAAUUUCAUGUGUUUAUGAUUCAAUUGUGAUAUUUUUGGAUUAAAUUUUGAUCUCCAUUAAAAAUGGAGCAAGCACAUAUAAAAUCUGUGGAAGAAGUUUGUGCUUAUUUUGGUGUUGAUGAGGAGGCUGGUUUGAAUGACGAACAAAUUAAAAAGAAUAGAGAAAAAUAUGGACCUAAUGAAUUGCCGGCAGAAGAGGGUAAACCUCUAUGGGAACUUAUUUUAGAACAGUUUGAUGAUUUGUUAGUGAAGAUUUUAUUAUUAGCAGCAUGUAUCUCAUUUGUAUUAGCUUGGUUUGAAGAAGAUGAAGAUCAAGUAACAGCCUUUGUGGAACCAUUUGUGAUAUUAGUUAUUUUAAUAUGCAAUGCUGUAGUAGGAGUAUGGCAGGAACGAAAUGCUGAAAGCGCUAUUGAAGCAUUAAAGGAGUACGAGCCUGAGAUUGCUAAAGUUGUCAGAAAGAGUGGACGAGGUGUCCAGCGAAUUAGAGCAAGUCUACUUGUUCCUGGAGAUCUGGUUGAAAUAUCAGUUGGUGACAAAAUCCCUGCUGAUAUACGUGUAUCUGCAGUGCAUUCCACUACACUUCGCAUAGAUCAGUCUAUUCUUACUGGAGAGAGUGUCAGUGUACUCAAGCAUGCCGAUCCGAUCCCCGAUCCACGUGCGGUCAACCAGGACAAGAAAAACAUCCUCUUCUCUGGAACUAAUAUUUCUGCUGGUAAAGCUAGAGGUAUUGUCAUUGGAACCGGACUCAACACUGAAAUUGGUAAGAUUCGUAAUGAGAUGAUGGACACCGAGACUGAGAAGACUCCACUUCAACAGAAACUUGACGAGUUCUCCCAACAACUUUCCAAGGUGAUCACCGUCAUCUGUAUCGCCGUGUGGGCCAUCAACAUCGGACAUUUCAAUGACCCUGCUCAUGGUGGAUCAUGGAUUAAGGGAGCUAUCUACUACUUCAAGAUUGCCGUAGCUUUGGCUGUAGCUUUCUUUAAAAAUGGUUUCCUCUCAUAAACCUCUCCUUGUUCACCUUCAGGUACAAGGAGAAUGGCCAAGAAGAACGCUAUUGUGAGAAGUUUACCGUCUGUAGAAACCCUGGGUUGUACAUCCGUUAUCUGCUCAGAUAAGACUGGUACCCUGACAACCAAUCAGAUGUCAGUCUGUAGAGCGUUUUUCUUCAACAAAAUUGAAGGCAACACCUGUGAGACACAACAGUUUGAAAUCACUGGAUCUACCUACGCACCUGAAGGCGAUUUGUACUUGAAUGGUAAGAAGGUGAUAGGAAAAGAUAUUGAUGGACUUGAGGAACUUAUGACCAUCUGCUCUAUGUGUAACGAUUCCAGUGUUGAUUACAAUGAUGCUAAGGGAAUAUAUGAGAAGGUCGGUGAAGCCACCGAGACUGCCCUCUCCGUCCUUGUAGAGAAAGUCAACUACUUCAAUACCGACAAAACUGGUCUCAACAAACGUGAAAAGGGUGUGGCCUGUAACCAUGUCAUCCAACAAAUGUGGAAGAAAGAAUUCACCCUCGAGUUCUCUCGUGACAGGAAAUCCAUGAGCGUGUACUGCUCUCCAAACAAACCAACCCGCACACCAGGUGGCGCUCGUAUGUUCUGCAAGGGUGCCCCAGAAGGUCUUUUGGACAGAUGCACUCAUGCACGUGUUGGCGGUAACAAGGUACCAAUGUCACCAACUAUCAAGAAUGAAAUCAUGAAGCAUGUAAAAGCCUACGGAACUGGUCGUGACACUUUGAGAUGUUUGGCUUUGGCAACCAUUGAUGCCCCACCACGCCGUGAAGACAUGGAUCUUGAAGACUCCAGAAAAUUCAUCGAAUACGAGACAAACAUGACCUUUGUUGGUAUUGUUGGUAUGUUGGAUCCCCCACGUGAAGAAGUCGUUGAUGCCAUUAAGAACUGCCGUCUGUCCGGAAUCCGUGUCAUUGUAAUCACUGGUGAUAACAAGGCCACUGCUGAAGCUAUCUGCAGACGUAUUGGUAUCUUCUCAGAGACUGAAUCAACUGAGGGUAUGUCAUACACCGGUCGUGAGUUUGAUGAACUAACGCCUGAGGACCAGAGGGCUGCGGUAAUGCGUUCGAGACUGUUCGCUCGCGUGGAACCUACCCACAAGAGUAAAAUCGUAGAAUACUUGCAAGGAGAGGGAGAAAUUUCUGCUAUGACUGGUGAUGGUGUAAACGACGCCCCUGCCUUGAAGAAAGCCGAGAUUGGUAUUGCUAUGGGCUCCGGUACAGCUGUAGCUAAAUCUGCCUCAGAGAUGGUUUUGGCUGAUGACAACUUCUCCACCAUUGUGGCGGCUGUAGAGGAGGGUCGUGCCAUCUACAACAAUAUGAAACAGUUCAUCAGAUACCUCAUCUCCUCUAACAUUGGUGAAGUUGUAUGUAUCUUUUUGACUGCUGCUUUGGGUAUCCCAGAAGCUCUGAUCCCUGUACAACUGCUCUGGGUGAACCUUGUAACUGAUGGUUUCCCAGCAACAGCUCUUGGAUUUAACCCACCAGACUUGGACAUCAUGAGAAAACCACCACGUAACCCCAAGGAAGGUCUUAUCACAGGAUGGCUCUUCUUCAGAUAUAUGGCUAUUGGAAUGUAUGUUGGAUGUGCCACUGUGGGAGCAGCAGCCUGGUGGUUUAUGGUAUAUGAAGAAGGACCCAAACUGAACUACUACCAGCUGACACAUCAUAUGCAAUGCCCGGCCGAGCCUAAGAAUUUCCCUGACAUAGAUUGUCGCAUAUUUAAUGCUCCUGAACCAAUGACAAUGGCUUUGUCUGUCCUCGUCACCAUAGAGAUGCUGAAUGCCCUCAACAGCUUGAGUGAGAACCAGUCCCUACUGGUAAUGCCACCAUGGACAAACAAGUGGUUGGUUGGAGCUAUCCUUCUCUCCAUGGGACUUCAUUUCUUUAUCCUGUACACCAAGGUCAUGUCGACGAUUUUCCAGAUCACACCUCUAGGACUAACAGAAUGGAUGGCAGUACUAAAACUCUCGUUACCAGUGAUCAUACUUGAUGAGACUCUCAAGUUCAUCGCGAGAAAGUUCACUGAUGUGCCGAUAGACAGUAAAGACUCUGGCAGAUAUCGAUAGACACUUUCCCCAUGCCAUUAAUUUCUUCAAAAACGAAAACCCAAACAUUUACAAUUACAAAACCAGCGGCAAAAAAAACCCAGAUAUAUCGUCAUUUUUUACAUUAUUUCUUAAAAAACAUCGACACCAAAAACAUUUAUUGUACAGACAUUUCUCGAACAUCUAAUGAAAGAUGUGUUGAUGAAAACGAAACAUUUAUAUGAAACGAAACGUGUUUCAGGUGCAAUGUUGCCUUUUUGAAAAAUGCUGAUGCUGCUGCCAGGCUUUAGAAUCACUAUUUUCGUGUUUUAAAGCCGAUGUGUUUUAUAUAAAAAAAAACCUGUGAGAUACCUCAGACCACCUGCUUUAAAAACUGCCUGCGGAAGUUACGGAUGAUUGAUUUACGCACGGAACAUUUCAGAUAUUGCACCAUUUUCUUUUUGUCAUGACUGGUUUCAUUUACAACGUUCAUAAACGAGAAGAAGUACUUGAGGUAGUGCCAGAUGCUUGUUGCAGUAUACACUGAUAAUAUCCAUGACCAUUUUUCGGAAUUUAAAAUAAAAAAAAUCGUACAGCGGGACUCGGGAUUAUUGUUACAGAGAACAUUUUAUGUAUUUUGAAAUAAAGAACACCGUUACAGUGAUGUAUCUGGCCCUGACUUGACUAUUUCUGAAAUUUAAGAAAAUCUUGUAAAGAAUUAUUUAUUCAUCAUGCUAAUGGAAGACAAAAUGUGUAUUCUUUCAUUUAUAGUGGAGCAGAAUACCCAGUAAAACCUUCCUGAUUUGAAAAGAAAUUGUUACCUCAUGUAGAAACCGCUGUAUUGAAAGUGUGUUAGUAUUUUAUAGAAAGUACACGGUAAAUUAAAAUUUUUCCGUCUUAAUUUAUUAUAAUAUUAUAUUGUAUUACUUCCCUUUAAUAUUUUUUUCCUUUUCCUGUUUGUUAUUUUUGUUAUAUUUAUGAGUGAUAUAAUUAAAAAAGGAAUUUAGCUCAGCAUAUUGUUUUUACAUGUGUGUGUGGUGUUAGAAAAUAGUAGUUGUCGGAUUCUAGUGUAUAAAAUUUCAUAUCAAGAAUUUUUUUUACCCAUUUAACUACAUGAUGACGACAGGUCCUUGUAAAUUUGUAAUCAUUUAUCAAUUAUUCAUCGUUAUCUAUUGCUAUGAAUUGUUGACGAAGAAAUCGUAGUUGUAAUAUAUUCAUUUCGAGUAUUUAAAUGAAAACCAUUACGUAUUGUACCAUAUUGCAUCGUGUAAACUAUUUAUUCCUAAAAAGUCGGGAAGUUUUAUUUUUAUGUGAAACGUUUUUUUUUUGUCUUUGUAAAUAUAAAUAUAGACAAAGCCCUUAUUGCAGCAGAUGAAUGAACAAUAUGUGAACUUGAGGCGGUUUAAUUUUUUUUAUCUAUAAUUUUCGAGAAAAAAAUGUGCGAUGACAUGCUUUGUCAGAAGUUCUAAAUUCGACCUAAUGAGUGCAAGUCCCCCCUUCAUUUCAGACAAUUUAAUAUCCAAUGUAAAAGAAAGAUUAGUUUUUCUUUGUACCAUUGUAGUUAACCAGUCUGGAAGAAGGUACCUUAACAUUCCAAAACCAUAUUUAAGCUUAUAAAAGAUGAUUUUUUUGCUAUGUUUUGAAAAGAAACACUUCAGGCUAUUGUAAAAGGUUUAAAGAAUUAAGUCUGUGACAGCAAAAAAACGUUUUUAAAUGGACUGCAAAUUUACAUUGAUUGAACAUUUGGGUUUUAUAUUGCGGAGAAAGUUCCAAAAGCUAGGCAUUUUAUUUCUAUUUUUGAGCUGCCCAGAUAAAUCAUAUAAUGUGAAAUUGAUUUUUUUUUUUUUGAAAGCGACUUCCCAGUUGUAUAACAAGAAUUGUAUCUGAACAUGCAAGAUUAAGUACCUGUUUGUUAAAUGUGUCUGUCCCCCUGUAAGUAAAGCUCCAAUGGCUGCCCUCUCACAAACAUUUAUGCAAAAAAACAAUUUGUGUAAGAAUGCCGUUAAAAUGUUGAAAUUGAUUGAAUGAAAAUUUGGUGUUGUAUAUUUUGUCGUUUUUUUUUCCACAACUAGUUGUACCAUUUUUUAGGGCUUAGAGCUCAAAUGAUAUAAAAAUACAGAGGUCAGAUGAACCUUCCGAUGGGAGGCCAUGUUUGAUUCCUGUAUUUGUAGUUUCUAUGUCUAAAAAUAGUAACAUAGUUUGUUAUACCGUUUAUAUGAUUAUGGUGUUCCAAAAUGUGUUACUUAUUUUGGAGUCAGAUUUUUUUUUAUUUUAGUAUUAUUCCAGUGUUUUGAUACAUAAGGCAGCAUUCUGACACGAUUAACACAGGUUAUGAAAUCCAACUUGAAGGUCGAUUUAUUUUUCGUUUAUGUUUUUAUGUUACUCUGACAACAGCGCAGAAUUGACAACACUUGUGUAUAUAUGACAUGUAUAAAUUAUGCAGUUGAUGUGAUUGUAAUAUAUAGAAUAUAGUAAUUUAUGCCUCGUAUUCUGAAAAAGUAAAACCAUCAAAGACUGCCAAAUUGUUAAUAAAACACUUAAAAAGUACAA